UGCCUUGUACGGAGGACUACCCGAACUGAGGUAUUCAAUUCCUACUUUCCGUCUACAGCGUGACCCAGCUAGGUUGAAUUGGUUCAGGAAAAGCUCCUUGUGAACUUGUCUUAUGUCGCGUGAAUUUUUUGGGCUGCCUCUCGGUUUCUCUCUCUCUCUCUUUUUCAUUCCGUCUUUCAUACCGAAUGGAACCAGAUCGGUCUCUGCUUGCCUAUUGCACUCGGCGUUCGCUUCAUUAAAGCCAAUGACCGUCUUCCUUCUUCUAUGGGUCUGGCUAGGAGACCAUCGUCCUAGGCCUAACACGACUUUUCUUACGGUGGGCUACUCUUAGAAUGGUAUAUGCAUGUCGUCAAAGGUUGUAUGGCUCGAAGAAACGAAGAAUCGGG